UUUUUUUUUGAAACCAUUAUAAUUCAUAUCCAUUAUUGCUGCAACGGGCAGAGUCAAUCGUUAUUAUCGAGUGUAUAUCACAGAUUUGAUCUUGAUCAAUGAUCGAGCAAAGCGGAGGCGAUGUUUAUCGAGCAUGGGUCUUCACAUUUGCCUCUGCCAUGGCUUGUGUCUUUGGAGCCGGGUUAAUCUUUAUUGAUACCAUCGUAAAAAAAUUACUCGGAAAAGAUGUUAGAAUGUUACAAAACCACAAGUUUUUAGCUGGAUCAUUAGGUCUCGGAUCCGGAGUCAUGAUCUUUUCCAGCUUUUACAAUCUUCUUCCGGAAGCAAGGAGCCAACUGUCUUCAGAUCUUUCCAUCUUCGCAAACCAUGCAGAUGCAGUAUUGAUGCUAUUCUUCUUUGGUGGUGUCGGUGUCAUGAGCCUCAUUCACUGGAUCAUGCAUAAAUUCGAUUCUGGCAACGUUAGUUCAGCAGGAAUAGAGAGCGAUGAUACUAUUCAGCAGUUUAUACAACGCGAAAACCAGGAUACUCGCCGACCAUCAUCGUUACCUCAAUAUCGCCAUUCAAACAAUAAUGGUUAUCCAAAGACCACGGUCAAUGAUAUCACUUCAUCCAGUGCCUCCAAUUCAACCACAAAUAAUAUUUGUAAAGGAUGCUCCCAAGAAGAGAGUGAUGAGGGCGAUGAUGAGGAGAGAUACAAUGAUUCAGAAUAUGUGGAUGAUGAGGCCACGUCCUUGCUCAACAACGCGUUCCUACAAAUUGGCAAGACACCUAGCAGUUGCCUGGAUGAUACUCCACAUAUGCAGCGUCAUCAUCGUAGCAGACAUGCCUCAGGAAAUGAUUGUUAUAAUGAAGAUAAUGAUCACUAUGAUGACGGGAAUAUCGAGGUUGUGAUUGGUAACCAAAAGGACGAAAUCUUGAGACAAAAUAAAUACCAUCGCGGAAACCAUGAUUUGAAUAUGGAGUUUGGUCUAGGCCACGACGAUGAUGAUAAUAGACAGGACAGUGCUCCUGGAGGCCUAUUGAAACCUAAAGACUCGUGGUCUUCCAUCUCUACACGCUCACAAAAACCAUUCGCGCCUGUGAAAAAGAGGAGAAAAUCAGGCGUGCCCCCUAGCAAGUCUAGGUCCGGGGCUAAGGAACGCUACCAUAGCGAGGGAUGCCCUUACAAGACCGGAGGAGGAAGAGGAGGAAGAGCAACUCCGGGAAAUGAGAUGAAAGGCAGCAAUAUUAACAAAAAUCAACAGGGGGCCAAUACUUUACCAACCUAUGGAGCUGUAACAACCGCAACUCCACAUCAACUUCGACGUACUUCCUUUCCGCGACUCAAUGGUGCUGGUGCUGGCUCCAUUUAUUCAAAACAUGAUAAUCUGGAUCAUGCUGUGGCUGAUGAUCAAGAGCAUGCUGAUCUGACUGAAAUUGGAAUUCAAACAGCUCUUACUAUUGCUGUCCACAAGUUUCCAGAGGGUUUGAUCACAUUCUUGUCAACGACUGCAGAUCCAUGUCUAGGCUUGACAGUGUUUAUGGCGAUUGCGGUCCAUAACCUGAUCGAGGGCUAUUUGAUCGCCUUCCCACUUUUCAUCGGGUUGCACUCUCGAACUAAAGCAUUCGCCCUUGCUGCAGCUCUGGGUGGACUCUCUCAGCCUCUGGGUGCAAUACUGGGCUGGUUUAUUCUUCGUGAAGUCAACAAUAUGGGCUGGCAAGUGUCGGCUACGGGUGUGAUCUAUGCAAUAGUUGCGGGUAUGAUGUCCUCCAUUACUGUCAACGGCAUGUGGCCGCAGGCUGUCAAGUGUGUAGGCAGGAAUAAGACUAAAGUGGUCCAAUACUGUUUCUUUGGAGGCAUUGCAAUCAUGGGACUUUGUCAAGCAGCCAUGGGUGCAAAAUGCAAUUCUUAAGUGAGACACAAACGGAGCAAGCGGAACGGGGGGGGGAACCCAAGUUUCAGCUUCCAUAUUUUAUACAAAUCCAUUUGCAUGCAUAAAACUCUCCCCUCUCUCGCCUCCUCCUAUGACAGUUAGAGCAAAUGUACAGUAUAAGCAAAGAAUAGUAAAUAACAUGUAUCAU